AAGUAGUGGUCAAAAGAAGCUGAAAUCGGCAAGAUCCGAUCGAUAUUUAUUGACAAUAGGUUACUGGUGUUUCAAAAUAGAGACACAGGAAUUUUCAAGAUGAAUUACACCGAGUCCAGCCCAUUGGCAGAAUCAACAGCCAUAGGUUUCACACCUGAGUUAGGAAGUAUCACACCUGUGCCUUCCAAUGAGACCACCUGCGAAAACUGGCGAGAGAUACAUCAUCUAGUGUUUCAUGUAGCAAAUAUUUUUUUUGCCAUUGGGUUGGUUCUUCCAACUACUCUUCACCUUCAUAUGAUACUUCUUAGGGGAAUGUUAACUAUAGGAUGUACCCUUUAUAUCGUCUGGGCCACUCUCUACCGCUGUGCCUUGGAUAUCAUGAUCUGGAACUCUGUGUUCCUGGGGAUCAACGUUUUGCAUCUUUCAUAUCUUUUGUACAAGAAGAGACCGGUGAAGAUCGAAAAGGAACUCAAAGGCAUCUACCAGCGAUUGUUUGAACCACUCCGUGUGCCUCCAGAUCUGUUCAAAAGAUUAACAGGACAGUUUUGCAUGAUCCAAACGUUGAAAAAGGGCCAGGCCUAUGCUGCAGAGGAUAAAACCUCAGUUGACGACCGUCUGAGUAUUCUCCUGAAAGGAAAAAUGAAGGUCUCCUAUCGAGGACACUUUCUGCAUAACAUUUACCCCUGUGCCUUCAUAGAUUCUCCUGAAUUUAGAUCAACCCAGAUGCACAAAGGUGAAAAAUUCCAGGUCACCAUUAUUGCAGAUGAUAACUGCAGAUUUUUAUGCUGGUCAAGAGAAAGGUUAACCUACUUUCUGGAAUCAGAGCCUUUCCUGUAUGAAGUAUUUAGAUAUCUUAUAGGAAAAGACAUUACAAAUAAGCUCUACUCAUUGAAUGAUCCCACCUUAAAUGAUAAAACAAUCAAAAAGUUGGACCACCAGCUCAGUCUUUGCACGCAGCUCUCCAUGCUGGAAAUGAGGAACAGCAUAGUCAGCACCAGUGACAGCGAGGACGGCUUACACCAGUUUCUUCGGGGCACCUCCAGCGUGUCCUCUCUUUAUGUGCCAUCCCCACACCAGCGAGCCUCUGCCAAGAUGAAGCCAAUAGAAGAAGGAGUGGAGGAUGACGAUGAGGUCUUUGAACCAGAGACUCCAAAUACAUUCAAAGUUCGCCAAUUGCCUUGAUCUGGAGAGAGGAUUCAAGUUACCAAGAAGGAAACUCUCUUGAAGAGAUCCUGAAAAAUACCAGCACUUUUUCACGGCUUUUAGAUUUUUCUGCUUUAACACACCCAGCCUGGUAGAGUCUGAGGGCAGGAACAUGAUGGAGAUUCAAAAAUGGGAAGGUUGGGAGUUCCCUGGUGGCCUAGCAGUUAAGGACCUGGCAUUGUCAUAACUGGCAAGGGUUUGAUCCCUAGCCUGGGAACUUCCCCAUGCCAUGCACAUGGCAAAAUAAAAAAAAAUGGGGGAGGGAGGUAUCUCUGCUGUCUUCACUGGUCAGCUUUUUGUUUUACUGAGCCUUCUGACUAAACCUAGUGCUAUUUUUGAGAGAGAUAUUUUCACAGUAUUUUCUAGAUAUAUUAUCACUUAACUUAAAAUCUUAGCGCUUUGUCAUCGCAAAUGCCUUCACUUUCUCCUUCCAAGUUAUUGUGGGUUUUCUUCAGAGAUGAUUUUUUUUCUGCCACGGCAGUGGGGUUGUCUGUGUGAUCAUUUUAACAAGGUCAAUCUGAAAUCGAGGCUGAGGUAACAUCUAAAGGCAGGGACUCUCAGGCUUUGUUGACUCUUUCGGAUGGAAAAGUUUAAAGAAAGAUGUGAUGUCACUCAUGCAGAUUUUUCUCUCAGGCCGGACACGUACCGGAUCGCCUCACUUAGGUGGGCCCUGUGUGGGUGGCUUGAUAAUGGACAAAACUCGUCAGACUUUGCUCACAUCUCCCUUGUAGAGCGAUGUUCAUAAGCGGGGCUGAAACCUAAAGAAGGAUGACAGAUGGAAGCUGUUCUGAGCUCAGCGCCGGCCUUCGGCUAAACCAACUCACUGGCCAUGUGGAGCCAUCUGGCCCCACAUGCUGCUGCAGGAAGCACGUUACUUGGGGCAGGAUGAUUGAGGAGUCAAGGGGCCAAUCAAGUGGCCCAGGAUGACAGGGCCAUCAGAGCCACUGCACUCUUUUGUUGCUCUUCUGACGUUUCAGAUUAUUCCUCCAGGGCCAUGGCUGUUUGUUCUGAUGUGUCCGGGUGUGGGGUACCAAGGCCGGACACAUGGACACAGCGGUGGGCAGCUAGUCCACCACAGGCCUGUGUGAGCACCAGCCUAGCUAGUGCCGUGAGGGCCUUAACUCCAGAAAUGAUGGUAUUUGGGAAAUUAGCAGUUUGCUUGAAUCGUCAGGCUGGUCAGUGUGACGGUGGCACUUGGCCAGGCCACCCACGGGGGGAAGCCCCCUGAUGGGCUGUGCCCCACUUACCCCCACUGACUUUUAUUUUGGUCAGUGGGGGUACCAACAUACCACUGGUACCAAUGUUGAAGCAGUCCCCUGUGAUGUUAAAUAGCCAAGAAAAGUUGCAAAUGAGAUUAUUUUCAGGUGAGCUGAGCCAAAAGCAUCUUUUGCCAAGAGGUGAUUUCUGUUAGAGAAGAUAUUAAAAAAAAAAAAAAAAAAAGCUACUCUAGGGUCACCUCAUUUUCCUAAACUCAUUUUUAAAAGCCAGUCAUUUUAGUCAUUUCACUGGAGUUAAAUUUACAUGCUUGGUCACUCACUGAGAAAACUUGCCCAGACUGGAUAUCCAGCUCUGAAUGUAUUUAUCACAUGUGGGCUUAUUAACCUCACAGUAGAACGGCUGACUUCACUUUACUGCUAUCAUGGUCUCUUCUAUUUGCUAAAGUGUCAUUUUAU